AUGGUGCCAGGCCGAAAGCAGAGCAUUAGAACUGCAAAAGCCGCGCGGGCGGGAGGAAGUGCGAGGCGGGAGGCGGGAGAGCGGGGAGAGCGGGGAGGGCGGGCGGGGGAGGGGCGCUGCGCCAUGUUUCCGUGUCACCCGCCGAGUCGCCGGCGCUGGGCUCGGCCGCCGGCUCCCGCCUGCCUCCGUAACAGCAGAAAGCGUGCGAUUAGCAGCCAGACAGGCGGGGACUCCGGGCCCGCGGGGCCACCGCACACGCCGCCCGCGGCCCGGGCCCGCGCCCCCCGCCCGCCGGUAAGGCAGCCUCUCCCGGCACCACGCGCCCAGCUGCAGGGCCCGGGAGCAGGUGUUCUUGCCCGGCCGGAGUGGCGGCUCCGCGCCCCUCCGGUCCCAGCUGCGGGGCUGGAGAGGGGGGGCGGGGGCGUGCUUCUGGCGGUGGCUGAGGAACGUCUCGCCGGACCGCGAGGAGGGUCCUCUGGCUUAAAUGGGGGAUACCCCAGGGCGCGGACUGUCUGCCUGUGGCGAGGAGGGAGCAGGGGUGACGUGCGGCCAGCCCUCGUCUGCAACAGCCCUGGGGGCCCGCGGAGGCCUCUCAGGGCGGCGCGAGGGCUUCCGGCCCCCGUGACGGCGGCGGCGGGGCGGCCGGGAAGUUCCCGGGGCGGCCGCGAGGAGCACCCUCCACUGGCUGCUGCCGCCGCACAGCUCUCGGAGCGGCGUCCUGGGAGCCUCUGGGUGUCUGGCUACGCGGCUGUCGGCUUGCGCGGGGAUGGUGGCCGCGGGGUGGUCCCGGCCCAGCCCCCAGCGGGGAGGCGGGGGCCAGGGACCCCGCAGGAGCGGCCGCGCGCCUCCCAACCCCCCUCCUCGCCACCGCCGCCGCCGCUGAUAUGGCGGGCACGUGAAGCGCAGCUCGGCGCCCCGGCGCCAGCCAGGGAGCGGCCUGCCCCGCCGGCUCAGCUUACCCGCGGGUCCAGGAACGCGGAACCGAGCCUGGCCCGGCCCCGCGCCCCUGCCCCCUGCUUGACGCGGCCACGCACCCCCACCCCGCCCGCGCCUGGCCUUGGGGCCGCGCCAGACGGCUUGCCCGAGGGGAACUCGGGCUGACUAAUGGGACGCGUGUGGGCCUUACGUGAGGCCCGGCUGUCAGCGGAUGCCCGCUCGCUCGGCGCUUACGCCGCGGCCAGGCUUUUCGGGGAAGGGCUAGAGGAGGGGUUUCCCCGCUCGGCGGUUUCGGCUCCCCGGGGACGGUCCGUCUGUGGCUGGCCCCGGACUCUGGGUCUUGCAGCCUGGCCGGAGGGAGCAGACUCGCUGCACGCCCGGCUCCAAGGAUGGCACCCGAGAUGGGGACCGAGGGGGCGGGUUGGAGCCUCAAGACUCUGAGCCGAAGGUGGGCAGAGAGGCUGGGUCAGCUUGGUUUGGGGGCAGGCCCUUCUUGAUGUCUGCAAUCUGGGGCCAGCAGCUGAGCUGGGGGGAAUUCGCAGGCCGCCCUGCGGGCCUGGAGUUCGGUACUGAAACCUUCCUCAACAAAUACAGAGUCUUCCGGAAACCCCUUCGUGAGAUUCCUGUGCGGGGGGGGGGGGGGGGGGGGGAUUUCUUAAAACUCCCGGAGAGUCCAGUUCGGCUAGAGUUGUCGGAUUCUGGGGCGUGUGAUGCCUUUUCCUCCCUUUACAGGGGCCUGUAAAAAUCAGCAGAGUUUCUUAUUAUUUCACAUUAACAACCACCUCAUGUUGACAUAGUUAUAUGACCCUCCCAAAUAUAACUACCUACUCAGUUUCAACACAGAAGCGCGAUGGCGAAACAAACAUGGACCAGUAACUAAGAGAAGGAAAACGCGGCUUCGAGCUUGGGUUGGAUGCAGGAUAAAUCCUCAUCACGCAUCCCUGGUUUUAUUCAGCCUAAUUACACUAGUAAUCCUGCCCCCCACGAGAAAGCCUGAAACCCUGCAGUAGAGUUUUCGAAAAGGAGCAUUUUGGCGAGAUAAGAAGUGACCGAUCAAAAUCGCUGAGGGGAGGUUG